UGCAUCCGUUGUAUAAUUAAUGCGCUUAAACGGAAUUGAUGUAUACAUUUACAUGUCCAUCUAAUAUUAAUGUUAAUUGUGUGAUUUUUCAACAUUUGGAAGUGCAAGUACAUGUAUAAUUACGGGAAAUUCGUUAGAUGCUUUUAUAAAUUUACAAAAAUAAACGUAGCAAAAACGAUGUUUUAUAGAGGAAAACAAAACCUUUGGAAAUACUUAAAUAAAGGGUGGAUUUGUAAAAAUCGUAUAAACUUUUAAGGUAGCAUUUAAUUUCAAAUAGAUUCACGUUAUGCAAACAUGCAACUUGUAAAUUAAAGUACAAAUGCAAUCAUGAAAUAAAAUAUAAGAACUACACUAACUAUCAUUUUCACGUAAAACAAAUACUUGAAUCAGCUCAGACAUGGGAGAGGAAACAUAUUUCUUUCUAAAGUACCAAUACGGUAACACUGAGUUCAAACGUGAGCGGAGAACUAUAUAAAAGAGAAAUUGUAAUCGUGUUUUGCAAGACUUUGCUCAGGAUAUAACAGUUUAACACCGUUUAAAAAAUGUUAGACUUGAUGAAGAGAUGGACGUUUAUAGUCAUAGUUAUGAAUCCGUUUAUUAACGGGGAUGUUUUUAAAGGACAUGAAGAAGAAAAUGUUAUCUCGUUCGUGGAAAAUGUAAUGGAGUGCCGUAAAGUACCCGGACUGGCGCUAUCCGUUGUCAAAGGCAACGAGACGUGGACGCGCGGGUUCGGAUUUGCUGAUAUAAAGUCUGGUAGAAAAGUUGCACACGAUACACUCUUUGUUAUUGGUUCCUUAGGCAAAGCAUUUACUAUGACGUUGCUUGGAAAUUUAAUUCAGAAUACUAGCUAUACUUGGGACACAAAGAUUUCCGAUAUCGACGGUUUGAAUCUAGAUUUCAUCGAUGACGAAAUUACAAGAGAGGCAACUCUAUCAGACCUUCUAGCUCACAGGACUGGGUUAUCUUCCGUCAACGACUACGGGUUCAUUGCAGGUUAUCCAGCUGAAGCUGAUAGAGAGUUUCUAAGCAAGCGUACAAAAUAUAUUCCAAAAACGUUGGAAUUUCGAAACUCGUUCCAAUACAACAACAUGAUGUACAUGCUACUUGGUCAUGUGACAGAACUGCUGGGUCGUGACUCGUGGGACAACCUUGUGACAUCACGAGUUUUUGAACCAAUAGGAAUGUUGUCUAGCAAAGUGUUGCUUACGUCAGCAGACGUACAGCAAGGGAACGUUGCAAAGCCUUAUAUUCUGCCUGAAGACCAAUUAGAAGAUGGUAAUUACGAUAUAUAUAGGAUCGUACCUCUGGAGCCAGCUGGCGGUAUUUUGUCAAAUGCAGAUGACAUGGCUCGAUGGAUAAGAUUCAACCUAAGAAACGGUUCUACUGAAGAUGGACAGCAGCUUCUCCCAGAUGAUCUUUUGCAAGAAGCGUUCAAGGACCAGAAUAUGUUACCGUUUGGCGGAGCAUUUGUAAGUCAGACAACACCAAGAUAUCCUAUAAAUGAUAUAACAAAGGCUUAUGGCUAUGCUUGGUUCACGUCAACAUAUAGGGGUUUUCGGAGAAUAUGGCACAGUGGAGGACUUUUCUCUUAUGUAUCUCUAUUAUGGCUAUAUCCUGACGAGCAACUUGGUGUAUUUGCUAACAUCAAUGGGCCUGGUACAGUAAGAGAUCCAGGCUAUGCGUUGAAAGCCGUCUUAUCUUACGUGUCCGAUAUUCUGCUUUCACAAACUCCAUGGCUGAAUAUUGAAACAGCUUGUUCAUACCCGAGUCCUUGGGUCAAUAGUUCAUUUAGCAUUGACACUAAUCCUGAACCAGAUAAUUUUACUAACGAUAGGCUUGAUGAUUUCGUAGGUAAGUAUGGUAACGAACUUCUCCCUGAUAUUACUAUUUCUGUAAAGGAACGUGGCUCAGAGAAUGAAUAUCUUUGGCUUGAAAUGAACCGCAUUAAAGGCGAACUACUUCUAACGGCGGAUGUGAAUGUAUUUAAAUUUAAGAUGGAGGAUCCAUGGGAAUAUGCGAUCGAGCGCGUGUUAGCGGAAAAUCUCAUUAUAACGUACCCGAUAGAGUUUACAAGGUCUGAAGAUGGGGUAGUUGAAUCGUUUAACCUGACAUUUAGUCAAAAGGAGAUUAUGAAGUAUCGAAAGAAUGUCAUGUUAGUGACGGAAGCUGAUAUAUCGAUGUCUAAACGUGUUCAGUGUUCCGUUGUUCUGCUGGUAUCACUACAUCUAAUCAUUCACUUACUAUGACAUUGAGAACGAUCCUGGUAUGCUGGUAAAACCAGAUAGUAUAGGGACAUACGUACUAUCAGAAUAUGUGCGUUCUGCCAAACUGAACGCCAAACACUAACGUAUCAAAUAGAAAAGCUAUUGGUUUUCAUUUUUUUUUUUCCGAAAUGCAUUUUAAUUUAUAUCAUGUCGUCUUCAUGAAAUAUUUUGCACUUGAAAUUGUGUCCACGCAUUGUUGAUAACCAGUUGUUUUUUUAAUUCGUUUAUGUACAUUUAUUUUAACACACUCCGUUACAACAAAUGAUAAUAUAUUAAUUUAUUCAAAUCAUAACUUACUUUAUUCAAAGUUUUCCGUCUACGAAAAAUAUCCGAAAAACGGUCAACACAGUUUAAAUUGUAAACGGUUUUGUUGAAAGUUUUUAAAAUGCGAAGUGUUAAAGUAUAAGAUGACAUGAUGUUUUGUUAUGUUAAUAAUCUUUUCUGCUUAUGUCACGUGUUUUCUACAUUUAAAAAGGUAUGAUUUGUUGCAAUGGUAAUCAAAUCAAACGGUAACAUUUUCAAUAUCAGUUUGAAGUAUUUGAUUGACUUUUAGGUUGAUAUGUUUUUCUUUGCAUACUGUAUAUGCUAUGUCGUAAAUUAUCUAUUUUUUAAAAGAUCAAUGGUGACAUUUUCGUCAGUAAGUAACUGGUCUGUAUUUUUAUGCCCCAGAAGGGAGGCGUAUUAGUUUUCAACUGUCCAGCCGUUAGUUCGUUCGUUCGUUCGUUAGUCACAACGUUAACCUUUUGCAUGAAGGCAUUUUACUCGCGAACCACUGCACCCAGGACAUUCAAACUUCACAUGCUGAUAGUACUUAUUGAGUACACCACCCCUACUGACAUUGGGGUCACCAGGUUAAAGGUCAAGGUCACAGGGGCCAACGUUAACUCUUUGCAUGAAGGCACUUUACAUGCAAACCACUUCAUUCAGGACCUUCAAACUUCACAUGCUGAUAGUACUUAUUGAGUACACCACCUCUACUGACUUUGGGAUCACCAGGUCAAAGGUAUAAGGUACAGGUCACAGGGGCCAACGUUAACUUUUUGCAUGAAGACACUUUACAUGCAAACCACUUCAUUCAGGACCUUCAAACUUCACAUGCUGAUAGUACUUAUUGAGUACACCACCUCUACUGACUUUGGGGUCACCAGGUCAAAGGUCAAGGUGCUGCGGGGGCAUUUGUCACCAUUAGUGACAGCUCUUGUUGUAUAAUAUUGUUUCUUAUAUUAUUGGUUUCCACAAAAUGUGUAAUAGCAUCUUCCUUAGUUUCGAUUAUUCAACCAAUACAACGUUCGUUAACGUUGUAGAACGUUCGUUAACGUUGUAGAACGUUGUAGAACAGCGUCAGUUAAAUGGUGGGGGAACAUUGUCGGUCAAUCGUGUAGGUUGACUUUAUAGGUAUUAUAUGCUGCUGGUUAUUUAUGAUGAUUACAUAAGCCCGCGAUUGAGCAAAAUUAAUGAAUGUAUUAUUUGAAUUUUCGGACUCGACAGAGACGGUCGGGGCUAAAAUAGUUACCCAUUGUACCGAAUAUUAUUAAAACCGGGACAGCCAUCUAUCAGCGAGAUUCAGCUAAAACUUACGAAUGAAGAAAAUGGUUAUGGGACUUGUUUUUCACCAGUAGUUUUGCCUGACAAAUUUCAACACGAGAUUUUUAAAACUUUUUCCGCAUUACUCCAUUUUUCAAUUUUACUUUACCUUGUUUCCCUUAUGUUCAUUUUUUACAGACUAAAACGUCACCAUCGAUUUGCAAUGUUCUAUUUCGACGCUGUGUUGUUUUUAUAGCAUCAAAACAAUGCAUCAAUAUUACCAAUUUGCAAAACAAAUAUUAAAUUCCAUUUCAUUGAUUAUGCUUAAUGUCCAUUAAAUGUGGUAUUGUUCGAACACAACUAGUUUUUAUUAAACUGUCAAUAUAAAUAGCAUGCUCAUUAUUCAUUUAAUUAAAUAUUCACAGUAACCUGAAUAUUGUCAAAACAAUUUUUAAUUAAAUAUUUGAAACCGCUAUACAUUUUACGUCGACAAAUGCUAAAUAUAAUCAAGAUAAUGACGUUGUUUUUAGAUAUGAAUAAGAUAGUAUCAAUAUUGUCCGUAGCGAAUGAUUUAAUGACGACUUCAUUUUCAUCAAACCAAAGAGAGAAUUGAUUGGACCUGUAAUGUGUUGCCCGUUUUGAAAUGUUUCGUGUAACGGCCAUUAAAAGGUACUGUGAAUAAUGGCAUUUACCCACCCUAUUCAUAAUAUGUGAAUUAUAAAUGCUUUUCUAACUUGUGUAAUAUAAUUAUGUACAUGUUGUUAACACACACACACGCACACACGCACGCACGCACGCACGCACGCACACACACACAUAUAUAUAUAUAUAUAUAUAUAUAUAUAUAUAUAUAUAUAUAUAUAUAUAUAUAUAUACAGGCAAACUUUAUAAAAGCUGUAACCAUUAAACGUUGUUUCAUACACAAAUACGCUCCUGACAUUUACAAAAAAAAAAGAAAAGAAAAACAACUACAAAGCAUUUUUCGCAGACAACUUUUUGAUAGAUAACCAACUGCAUAUAAACUUAUUUUUCAUAAACAUUAUGAGUGCAGUUGUUGAAAUGGGUACAUUAAUAUGGUUCACGACGUGUUUAAGAAAUCCCUCGACCUUUUACAUACGCUUGAUUUUGUUUUAAACACUCUAAACCUUAGGGAUCCUAACAAAGCGUAUUUUGGAACUUCUCGGACUAGCAUAAUGUUGUUGACAUGCCAACACAAAACUGAAAUUGGAUUGAAUAUUCCGUACAAGCACCGAUCGUUAUGACUUUCUGCUUGGAAUAAAGUGAACAAGGUACUACAUAUACAUAACUGAUGUCAGCACCAAACCUAAUAAGAGAUCCAAAGAACUCUCAAUUUUCGCUGAUAUGAAGCCCUUUUGUUUUAUUCACUUUGUACGUUUAUAUUUUACUUAAUAUCAUUCAUUUGCGCAUAGCUGAUAGAAGGCAUGUUGUUCGUGUAGAAAUGUUUCAGAUAUAUACUUUUGACAAAUAAGAAAUAUGAAAUUAAUUUGUUAAUUUGUUAUUAUCUUUUCUGUUGAGUAAUUGGUUAUGAUCGCACGAUUACAUAAUCGAGGGGUGAAUGCGAAAGAGUUCUAAGUGCAUAUAAAUAAAGAAGCACUUUAUCAUCGGAUUCACCCCCCGAUAUGUAUCAUAAAGCAAUUGUUUUGAUAUACGUGUUCAUAAAUUAAAAGCUUUCUAAUACAAAAUGUAGAAUAUUUUACUGAUUUUGUCAAUACAUUAAAAGCUGUAGUUUACUAA